AAAAAUUUAAAAAUCUUAGUGAAUACUGAAUUUAUAAAUGUUUUACGUCAAUCAAUAGAUCUUCAAUAAAAAAAAUAAUGAUCUCGUAAAUCUCCAAAAACUCCUUUUAUUUUAAUUUGAAUUUGAACAAAAUUACAUCACAAUCAGCCAGGUGAUAACACAUAAGAUACCUUUUUAUGAAUCUGGUGUUCAACUUUUUUAUACAUAAUUCUGUUGUUAAUAAAUUAUUCAGCUUUAAAAAUUAUACGGUGUAGUCUCCAAUUGAUCUCCAGUGUUUCAUGAAUUCAUUAGCAGAGUCAUUUCUUCCUUAGACAUCAAAGGACUUCGUGUUGAUUUAUUCAUCAGUAAAGGUUUCAUGAAGAUGAAAGUCCUCAUCUAGAAUACAUCAUGCCAUUUUCAGCAAAAAAGAACAAACAGCAGAAGAAAAAAGAGGCUGCAAAAGCUCACCAGAUAGCUGCAACAACCACAGCGGUCUUAAUCUCCACUUCGAAGGCGACUAAACCUGCAAAUAAAGAUAAACCUAAGCCUAGCAGUUGUGCUGAAAAUUGUCCCGUAAAUAGUAAAAGUAACGAAAAUGGUGACCUCAAAGAAGGAAAUUUCGAUUAUUUUAGAAGCGAAAUUGAGAAUCAAUCCCUCCGGAUUGCUUUGUUGGAGGAGAAACUGGAGAUCAACAGGAAUUUCAAUGAUUUGAAUAAUACCAAGGAGAGUGAAAACAGAGUCAGUGUCCCACGUCGUUUGCUGGAAUUCUUGAUCGGCGUUAUUACACUUUAUUGUACUAUAGAAAGUGUUCUGAUGUUGGGACUGAUGUUUGUGGAGGAAGGAGAAGAAAAUAACUAUCGUUAUGUGUCAAAGUUCUCAGCUAUAUUCAAUUAUUUAGAGUUAUUCAAGUAGCCUUGUCAAUUUUUAUUAUGUGUAGUAUCAGUAUCUGUAUAUAUCUAUUCCACUUACCUAUCUGAAACGUACGUCGUACAUAUAAGUUGAUCAUAAUUUUUCAUCAUUUUGAUAGGUCAUGUAAUCACCUUUCGCGAUGUCAACGUUUGAUGCCUACAUCUACAUAAAAGAAUCGAGAACAUCGAGUAGGGAUUUUUCAAAAAUUUAAAAAUGUUCGUGAAUUUAUGAAAUGUUUUCAAAUUUUAAUGAAUAGAUCUUCAAAAUAAUAAUAAUAAUAAUCUCGUUAAUCUCCAAAAACUCUUUUUAUUUUAAUUUCAAUUUGAACAAAAUUACAUCACAAUAAAAAAAUAUGGCCUUUGAAGUUUGAUGAAAUAACACAAGUUUCAAAAGGAAAAUAUAACAAACGACAGAAUACAAAACAUAGAAUCUGAAAUUAAAUAACCAAAGGAUUUAAUACAAUUUCUUUACGAUUCAAUAAAUAUUUAUGAUUAGUAACAUCGCUUUUGAAUCCUCUGCUGCGAAUGAUUUCCAUAUGUCCAGUUACUUCCGAAGAUAAACCCGACUUCAAAGGAGUCAAUUUAAUAAUGAAUUUACAUAUACUUCGGAUAUAAUUAGCGAUGGUGACAGAUUCUUUAUCAUCUCGAACCGUAUGACUGCAAAUAACAACUUUCAAAUUGGGAUACAAUGAUCGUUGAUAUACGUAAUAUCUUACAAAUCGCGAACAGUCUUGAAAACUCGAGAGCAUUAAUACGUAGCUUAUAUCGUCUAUAAUUAAAUACAUCUUAUCUUCUCGAUGUUUACGAAAAAAAUCAUCCGUUUCUUUACUGAUUUUUUGCAAAACUGAUUCGUCGCUGGAGUUUUCUUCGAUACAUGAAUUCAAAGGACUUAUGUUCUCUAUUUUCGAUUUAUACGCCGGAGAAUUCAAAUUCACGCCUAAUUUACUGCACAGCUGCUGGUAGUGUUGAAAUGGAUUAUGAAAGGUGAGGAAUAGAACGCUAGCAUCGUUUUUCAACGCGUCGCAAAUCAAACUGGAUAUUAUGAAACUUGCAUUGCUACCGUGAACUUCUUCGAUGAAUGUCAAACUAAUAUCGUCGGUCAAUCCGUGCGAUUGUAAAUGAGAUAUUAAUCCUUUUGCCACCUAAAAUGCGAAUAAAAAGUCUAUUAACGAUUA